GCGGCGCCUUGGAAGUCCGCCGAGUGGAAUCUGCUCCACCGAGAGGUUCUUCUGCGCGGUGGAGGAGCCGCCGCCGCAGGGGACUGGGGUGGACCCCUAAGUAUGCUUCGUGUGUCCCUUUAAGUGUGUGUAGUGGGGCAUCUGGUUUUUUCUUUUCUCUUUGCUGCAAAUGAAGACUUGCUGCUACCAGAAAAUGGUAUGGAGAUCGUGUGGAGAUGGGUUCAAAUUUGAAUUUUUAAAAAGUGUGAAAAUGGCGUCUAAGAAGGAGCUCACUAAUGACCAACGGUUUUCCCGCAUUACCAAAGACCCAAGAUUUUGGGAGAUGCCAGAAAAAGACCGCAAGAUCAAAAUUGAUAAAAGGUUUCGGUCUAUGUUUCAUGACAAAUUCAAGCUGAAAUAUACUGUGGAUAAAAGAGGGCGACCUAUACAACAUAGUUCUACAGAAGACCUGAAACGCUUCUAUAACCUUUCUGAUUCAGAUUCUGAUCUUUCAGAGCCAGAUAGUAAAUCAGUGGAGAAGAAAACUAAACAAAAAAAGGCAAAAGCUAAAGGAGAGAGACACUCAGAGAAGUCUCUGGGAAGUAGCUCUAAAGAAGAGAGUAAAGUGAUAGAUAAGUGUUCAUCUGUAUCAAAAUCAGUUUUCUCAGAAAAUGAAGGCCAAAAAAGCAAAUCAUUCAAGUUGAAAAAGAAGGUAAAAGAAACAAAUGUAAUGAAAUCUUCAUGGGAUGCGGAACUUGCAUCAGAACAGCAGAACAAGCAAGGAGAGAUGGCUGCAAAAAGCACAGAAAAUGAAGAUGAUACCGGUGGCAUCUGUGUUAACAAAAAUUUUAAAAAUAAAGCUGCUAAAAAUGAGGAAAACUUUGAACUUGAAGUAUUGGAAGGCAGUGGGGGAACUGGAGAGGAAAGUGAGACAGAAGAUAGUGGAGAUCUGGAAGAGGAAAGCAGUUUGGGAAAUGAAGAAGCUGAUUCAGCAGAUGGAGAGACUGGAGAUGGAAGUGAGUCAGAUGAUGAUGAAAGUGACAGUGGGCCAGAUUUGGCAAGGGGGAAAGGCAAUAUAGAAACUAGUUCGGAGGAUGAAGAAGAAAAUGAUGAUAUGACUGGAAUAUUUGCAAAAGAGCCUGAAGUUGUGCAUGGAUGGGGAGAACUGGCUAAAGAUGCUCCUCGUGCAGAUAAGGUUACACACAGAUUGGCAGUUUGCAACAUGGACUGGGAUCGGCUGAAGGCUAAGGACUUACUGGCUUUAUUUAAUUCGUUUAUACCUAAAGGUGGUGGUGUGUUUUCUGUAAAGAUUUAUCCAUCAGAGUUUGGAAAAGAGAGAAUGAAAGAAGAGGAGGUGAAGGGGCCAGCAGAACUACUAAGUCUUCCUGAGGAUGUCACCGAGAAAGACUGCAUUUAUAAGGAAAAACUGAGAGACUAUCAGUUCAAACGUCUGAAAUAUUUCUAUGCUGUAGUAGAAUGUGACUCUCCAGAAACAGCCAAUAAAAUUUAUGAAGAGUGUGAUGGACUGGAAUUUGAAAGCAGUUAUUCCUUUGUGGACCUGAGAUUUAUUCCAGAUGAUGUGACAUUUGAUGAUGUGCCAAAGGAUGUGGCCUCAGAAGUGGAUGGAGCUGCUUAUAAACCCAAGUACUUCACAUCUGCUGCUGUGGCAACAUCAAAGGUAGACAUCACAUGGGAUGAGACUGAUCAUGAAAGAGUGACUUCCUUAAGUAAAACCUUUAAAAAAGAUCAACUUCUGGACAUGGACUUCCAAGCUUACUUGGCUUCAUCAAGUGAGGAAGAGGAACAGCAAGAUGAUGGUGCAACAUGCACAGCAGACAGUGAUAAAUAUAAACAUCACCCCAAGGAUGAUGAAGAGCAGAUUGCAAAAUACAGAGAACUCAUUCAGUCUAUUCAGGAAAAAGAAAAGAAGCACCAAGAAACAGAUAUGGAAAUGGAGAUUAAGUGGGUUCCAGGACUUAAAGAAACUGCUGAAGAAAUGGUAAGAAACAAGUUAGAAGGAAAGGAUAAACAAACGCCAUGGGAGCAAUUUUUAGAAAAGAAGAAAGAGAAAAAGAAACUGAAGAAAAAGCAGAAGGCUGCUGCUGAAGAAAUACUGACUGAAGACGAAUGCCCAUCUGAUAUUGAUUUGAAUGACCCAUACUUUGCUGAGGAACUUGGGAAAGAAGGUUUGAAUAAGAAGUCUAAGCAAUCAAAGAAAAAAGAAGAUGCCAAAGAAAAGGAAGAUGACAUGGAAAAACAUAAGGCCGAAAUGGCUCUGCUGGUGAUGGAUGAUGAGAAGGAUGAAAGGAGACACUUCAAUUAUGACAAGAUAGUGGAACAGCAGAACCUGAGCAAAAAGAAAAAGAAGCUAUUAAUGAAAAAGAAGGAACUGCUGACCGAUGAUUUCCAGGUAAAUGUCACUGAUGAUAGAUUCCAAGCGAUGUACACCUCCCAUUUGUUUAAUUUGGAUCCUUCAGAUCCGAAUUUUAAGAAAACGAAAGCUGUGGAAAAGAUUUUGGAGGAGAAAGCUCGUCGAAGACAGCAAGGGCUUACACAGGCAACAGAGAGAAAAGACAAUAUUGCACAGGGAGAAACUACUGCCAAAAAAUCUAUAGAUCCUGCAUUAACAAUGCUAAUCAAAUCUGUCAAGAAUAAAACAGAACAAUUUCAAGUGAGGAAGAAACAGAAAGUCAAAUGAGCCUCCUUAAUAUUGAAAAUGAAAACCCGGGGCUUGUAAAUAAAUCAAGCUAAUGCUGAUUUACAGGUGAAGACGAUCAUCCUGAAACAUUUUUCUUCUCCAUCUUUUAUGUUAAUAAAAUACUUGUAAUAAAUUGUUUCCAAAUGAAUUGUGACCCAGUUCGUGCUAAAAACAAGUUUAUCUAUAUCUCGUUUCAUUUGAGGCAAUUUGCUUUCAUUUAAAAGCAAAAAAGAAAAUAAAAGCAAGUUGUACAUUU